AUGGGGCAGGGGUUUCCCCUGAAGCCUUGUGCCUGUGGCCCUGUGCAGAGCCCCAGUGCAUGCGUGAGCCUCGAGGCCUUGCAAACUCGUGCCAUCUGCUGCGGGAGCUUUCCUGGCUGCCGUGGGCACUGCUGCUUCGAGCUCUCUUUUGCCCGUUGCCUGUUCCUGCCUUUGUUUUCUCCCUGGGGUCUGCUGGUGGGAGGGGAUUUCCCUUUGGCGUGGCAGGGCCAUACAGGCAUCGUCUCUGUCGCCCUUCUCCCCCUCCAGCUCUUCACCGAUGGCAUCACCAACAAGCUCGUGGCUUGCUACACGGACGAGGACAUGGCGGACGCGGUGCUGGUCCGUGUCUACGGAAGGAAAACGGAGCUGUUCGUGGACCGGGAGACGGAGCUGAGGAAUUUCCAGGUGCUGCGUGCCCACGGCUGCGCCCCUGACCUUUACUGCGCCUUCCACAACGGGCUCUGCUACCAGUUCCUGCCGGGCAUCGCCUUGGGGCCCGACCACGUGCGGGACCCCCACAUCUUCAGGCUGGUGGCCCAGGAGAUGGCCCGGGUACACGCCAUCCACGCCAACGGGAGCCUCCCCAAGCCCAUCCUCUGGCAGAAGCUGCACAAAUACCUCACCCUCGUGAAGACGGAUCUCAGCCCAAAGGUAUCCAACCCCAGCCUCCAGCAGGAUGUGCCCAGCCUGGAGAUGCUUGAAGAGGAGCUGGCCUGGAUGAAGGAAACGCUCUCCCAGCUCGGGUCCCCCGUCGUGCUUUGCCACAACGACCUGCUCUGCAAAAACAUCAUCUACGAUGGGACACAAGAGCACGUUCGCUUCAUAGACUACGAGUACACCGGCUACAACUACCAGGCUUUCGACAUUGGAAACCACUUUAAUGAGUUUGCAGGCGUGAAGGAGGUGGAUUAUCGCCUCUACCCCAGCAAGGAGACCCAGCUGCAGUGGCUGCACUCCUACCUGCAGGCCUACAAGCAGCUCACCCAGGGGGACGGAGGAGGCACGGGGGUGUCCGAGGAGGAGCUGGAAGCUCUCUACGUGCAAGUGAACAAGUUUUCUUUGGCAUCCCAUUUCCUCUGGGCGUGCUGGGGCCUGAUCCAGGAUAAAUACUCUACCAUAGACUUUAACUUCUUAAGAUAUGCAAAGCUAAGGUUUAAACAGUACUUCAAGAUGAAGCCGGUGGUCACAGCCCUGCAGAUCUCUAAAUAGCAUCUCUGGCCUGUGAGACCCUGAGAUGUUUUUGUCCUUGCUGCGUCCACAGCCCUCGCAUCCCCCUCGCCCCUUCCCCACCCCAGCCGGGGGCGAGGGCAGGUCCUGAUGGUGGGAUGGUGGAGGAGAGGAGCUCUGACCCGGCCACCGAUUAAAGGAGACCCUGGACAUACCUGAGACUGGACCGUGAGACGCUGGAGAGGACCACGGCCUCGGAGAGGCCCCUGCCUACGCCAGGAAGCCUUACCACCGCCUUAACGCCGAGCCCGGCUCGGCCCCGGUGCCCGGCAGGUCUGUGCUUUGCUGGCACUACUGCUGCUUGGCCUGGCACCCAGUUUGCUCCCUCUGUGCCGUCCCCGAGGGGGGAAACGGGUCCCCCCGUCUGCUCAGGACCCCCCCCAGAGCUGCCCAGUUGCUUUAGCUGUGCCCAUCGCCUUUGCUGCUCCCUCCGUCCCCUCUUGCCCUGCCUCCUCAGUGCCACUUGGGCUCCCACCCCCAAACCAGCACCUUUUUUUGGUCAGUAUUGAUCCUGGGCUCGGGACUGUCUCUGAGCACAGCACCCUUUUUCACAGGGGGUGGGUGCUGCUGUGCUCCAACUCGGAUGGUGCAAAGCAGCAAGGGGAGGCGCCAGCCAUGAGCCCUGGGACCAGCGGGCUUUUGCUGGCGGGUGCUGGGUGCCUGCGCCCCGACGCUGUGCUCAGCCCACGGCUGGCUCUGCUUGUCCCCACGGCUGUCAUCUCCCAGACUCCCAUUAGCUCCCAUCACGGCUUCCCUCGUAGCACCCUGUGCUGCUGGAGCAAGAGGCUCCCAGCUCUGCCUUCCCCGUCUCCCCCAGGGCCAGGGCGGGGGGGUCCGUCCUGCCCCUCGCACGGGCACUGUCUCUGUGCUCCUCUCUUGGCUGUGUCUCUGCGUGGGACCCCCUGGCAGGAGGUUGAAGAGAGCUGACCCGCUCCAUGAGUGCACAGCUUCAUCCCCUGUCAACACUCGGCUGCUCCCCCCCUGCUCCUGGCCCCAGGCUCUGCGAGGGCAAUCCUGACCUGCUGAGCACUGUCCAGCUCACGACAGUGGUUGUGCAUCAGCUGGGGGGUGAAAUCAGACCCCUCUGCCCCUGCCUUGGCUGCUCGGCGAGUGGUAAUGGGGACAGGGUGGCCAUCUACUCCACACGGGCACGGGAACCUGCCCCAGCAAGACUGUUGUUGCAUCUGGUGUUUGUUUCGGUGCAAAAUAAAAGCUGCUGGUAGCUGGAAAUAGGGGAUGGUGGGUCUGUGGGGACUGGUGUGCCGGAGCAGAGAUGCUGGUGGAGGUAUUUCCUCCCAGGGUGGGCUGCUGGUGUCCCUCCAUGCUCCUGACCUCCCUUCAGGUGCCCUCGCUGCCCCUUCCUGCAGGCAGCAACUGCCGGGGCUCGUCCUUGUCCCAGGGCGAUGUCCUGGUGCUGAGGACAGUCUCUGCUGAGCUGAUCCCUCAUCUUCAUCGUGCCC